GGGUUUUUGCUGUUUAGGGUCGUAGUUAACCGUUCCUCGGUCUUGGUUGGGAUUAGCAGCCUCAGAUUGAAGGAGUUUCGACUGAGCAUACUAUCGGCGGCGGAGGAGGAGGGGGAGGACCAUUAUGGUGCACGUCUCUUUUUACCGCAAUUAUGGAAAGACUUUUAAGAAACCUCGUCGGCCCUAUGAGAAGGAGCGACUUGAUGCUGAGCUUAAACUUGUAGGGGAAUAUGGUUUGCGGUGCAAGAGAGAGCUUUGGAGGGUACAAUAUGUCCUAAGCCGCAUUAGGAAUAAUGCUAGAAUGCUUUUGACUCUUGAUGAAAAGGAUCCACGCCGUAUUUUCGAGGGUGAAGCACUCUUACGAAGGAUGAACAGACAUGGAUUGCUGGACGAGAGCCAGAACAAGCUUGAUUAUGUCUUGGCUCUAACUGUGGAGAACUUUCUGGAGCGUCGAUUACAGACUCUUGUAUUUAAGGCUGGUAUGGCCAAGUCUAUCCACCAUGCUCGGGUCCUCAUCAGGCAAAGGCAUAUAAGGGUCGGGAGGCAAGUUGUCAACGUACCAUCUUUUAUGGUGAGGGUGGACUCACAGAAACAUAUUGAUUUCUCCCUCACAAGUCCAUUUGGCGGGGGUCGUCCUGGUAGAGUGAAGAGAAGGAACCAGAAGGCAGCUGCGAAGAAGGCUUCUGGUGGCGACGAAGAAGAUGAUGAGGAGUGAGCUGGUACAGGUUCGUUCACCAUGCUCUUUAAACACUCACUAGUGUUCUUUUCUUUUAUUUUCUUUUAUAUACCAAGAAUUAGGAAGCCUAAGCUUUGACAUGCUCAAUGUUAAACUUUGUUAUUACUGUUGGAAGCCUCCUCAAGUUUUGGAUUGGAUAUUUUAAUUACAAAGGUGAUUUUCUGUACACUUGCUUUUGAAAGUGCUUGCUCCCAUGGAUUGGUUGUCCAGAAUUUAAUGAUUUCA